AUGGAAAGAACUCCUGUCCAGAUUUGGCCAGUAUUAAGGAAAACCCCGCAGAUAAUAUUGGACAAGCUGGAUCACAGAAGAAGUGGGCAGAGUCGAGUCAGAACUGGACAAGGAUAUGGACGGUGGUGCUACCAGCCCAUCGUCUCCAUGACCAUCUCCCGCUUCCUCAUGGGCCUGCUGCAGGGUGUUCACUACCCAUCUCUGGCCAGUCUGUGCUCUCAGAAGGUUGUGGAGAGUGAGAGGGGCUUCCUCAUUAGCACCGUAGGAAGCGGCUCAUACCUGGGGACUCUGGUGAUAGGAGGCGUAGGCUCUCUGAUGCUGGACUUGUAUGGCUGGGAGAGUGUGUUCUACGUCUCUGGGCUUCUGUCUGUGUUGUGGGCGUACUGCAUGUGGAAGUAUCUGCUCAAAGGAGAAGGUCCCAUCAUCACACUGGAGUCUCUGGGCAGCGCUGGGACCCAGUCCAAACUGUCCAAGAGAAACUGGCUGCGUCUCUUCAGACAGCCAGCUGUGUGCGCCGUUAUUAUUACACACUUGUGCACCGCUAGCACCUUCUUCACACUACUGUCAUGGCUGCCAACGUUUUUCAAGGACACCUUCCCUGAUGCCAAGGGUUGGGUGUUUAACGUGAUCCCAUGGUUUGUGGCCAUCCCUUCUUCCCUGUUUAGUGGCUGCCUUUCAGACCAUCUAAUCAGGCAGGGUUUUGAUACUGCGUCAGUUAGAAAACUCAUGCAGUUCUUCUCUAUGGGCGUCUCCAGUGUGUUUACUCUGUUCCUGUGUGGGACCACUGCCUUCCCCACAGCUGUGGCUUUGGUGUCUGCUACUAUGGGCCUCACCACAUUCAGCCACAGUGGGGUUUCGGUGAAUGUUCAGGAUCUCGCUCCAUCCUGUGCGGGGGCUCUGUUUGGAGUAAUGAAUACCUGUGGAGCAUUUACAGGGGUCAUCAUGGUGUAUUUCUCUGGGUAUCUGAUCGAGGCCACUGGCUCCUGGGCGUCAGUUUUUGGGCUCAUCACUGUAGUGAACCUGCUGGGUUUAGGAACUUUUUUAAGCUUCGCAGAAGCUCGCAGAGUGGACAUAGAUCUAGCGAAGGGCCGUUACCACAGCAUCCACAUCUGAGAGCACAGAUGACGGGAGCAGAGCAGCAGAAAUGACAGACUCUGACAGAAACCUUUCUGAAGAGGGACGUACUCGGCAGUCACUGGUUUCUUCAUUAUGGUUCUUCAAAGACUGUUUGGCUUUUCUUUGGCUGAAGAGAAUUUAGGAGAAGCUGUAGCAUAUCUGUUAAAGAUCACUAGGAGCCACAGUAUGAAGUGUGUUACUGAAUAUUUUGCAUUCAUUCAUUUCUAUUUCACCCUGUAGCACUUGCGUUGGUUUAUGGUAGCAGUUGCUUUAAUAUCAUCAUUACUGCGACCAAAGCAGUUCAAAAACCUGCAAUACACCGUCCAUUUAAUCAGAUGAAGACCAAAAGCUAGAGUUCGAGAGUCUGAUUAUUGGCAGUGUUUAUUAAAUUAUUAUUAAUACCAUUUGUUAUGGCAUUGCAUGACAUUUUAAAAUACCUCGUCUCAGACAUCUCAGCUGUUUUUCACACUCCGAGUGUGAUAGAGAUUAUAGUUUGUUACUGCAGAAUUGGAGUUUGUCCCAGUUUGAAGAGCGUUACUGUCAUUAGAUGAAACAUGUGCUAGGUCAUCUUGUCAUUGGCUGAUCCUUUAAAGCAUUUUCUUCGUCUCAGCUGUCUGCUGUUGAGAAUGGUUUCUGAUCUUUAAAGGAUGCUUUUGUUUCAAACUGCUAGUUUGCUUUUGUCUUUGAUUGAUUUAAUCAUUAGAGACCUCUCGGUUGGUCAUUUGCUUGGAUCAAGAUGUUGCACAAUGAAAUGAAUGUAUUAUGGUGAUAAGCUUUAUUAUGUAGACACAAGACCCUGAACAUUAUAUCUAACUCGUAAUUAUUUGAUCAAAAAUAUUUCAAUUCAAUUCAUGCAACUUGAUUAUUUAACCUGUAAGUGUAUAAUGUACCAUAAAUCAAAAUCUAAAGCAUAUUUCUGGUCACAAAAGUGCUGUAAAUCUUCUAUUUCUCAGCUGUCGCUGCUUUGAGGAGUAAAAUAAAAUGUUACUGCUUAGUUACGUUAAAGAAACUGAAGGAAAAGCAAGGCCUAGGAAGGCUUAGCUGCGCUUUAAUGGUUCUUAUGUCAGUGUGCAUUAAAACAGGCAACACAUUUCUGCUGUUAUUGCAGGCCUAUUGCUAGGGAAGAUCAUGGCAGAUUUGCAAAGAAACAAAAAAAGACUUGAAUUAUUAUAUAACACUGUUCUCUGCAUGGAACUCAAGGAAAUUGUAUUUUUUCCAGUACAUUAGUACAUAAAAUCAUAAGAAAUAUGUUCACAAAGGUUAUUUGUGUAUACAUAGAUUAGAUAUCACUGUGUGUAAUAUAUGCAGUAGACAAUAUUUCAGAAUACUUUUAUAUUUGAUUUAUAUCUGAUUUAGAGAUUAGAUUGAAAAUGCUUAUAUGAUCUUUGCUUUCUUAAUUCAUAUUGUAUUUUUUUCUGGAUUCUGACCUGUCGUGUGUUCUUGUUUUGACUGAUGCAGCUUUAUAGAAAUGCCAUCUCUCAUAAAUAUUGUUCCGUUCUAUUUAAUGCUGUUUAAUUUGAUCUUUAAAGUGUUAUUGGUUUACAAUAGACUGUUCUGCAUAACUGGAUUAUGAUUGUGGGGUUUGUUCCAUUAUCACAGCUGACAAUAACUUGCAUUAGUGUAGCGAAGAAGAAAUUUUGCAUAUUUAUUAUGCUUGCGUCAUUCCUUAUAAUUAUUUCACUCAAGACUAGUAAACACGAUAGAUGAUCUGUGAAUUAAUGCAGUGUCAUAGCAUCCUGAAUUGAGGAUGAAUGAUGUUUCACAGAAAACUGAAUCAAUACAUAUUGUGAUCUUAUUUUCAAGACAAAUGUCCCAUUAAAAAGAAAUGUAAACAAUGUAAAUGUAGUAUUCUGUAUUUGUAAGCAUAUUUUGCUGAAAUAUAAAACUAUAUUUUAAUCA